CUGGAAGAAGACUCCCAUCUUUCAGUCACUAGUUCCAACGGGCCGUGUGUUCUGGAAGGGGGUGGCAGUCGGGAGGAGGAUGCUCUGAGCAGAGUUCUUGAAGCUCCGCUCUUGGGGGAAGCCGGGCUGUGUGGGAGCCUUCUGACGGAGCGGAGAGCGUGUGAAUUGGAAAGGAUCCUGAGAGCUGGCUGGUCCCAGUUCCUAUCCGGAAAAGCUGUCGCUCUCGCUUCAGGGAUGCGCCUAGCCUUCGCCUGCAUCACGCUGCAAAUUUUAAGACAGUAUUAAAACUACAAACAUCCCCAGGAGUUUCACGUGGGCGGACUGGAUGUUCUGAAAGUCUGAACUAUUUCAUCAUGAAACACACUGUGUAGACUCUUUAAAGCACAGAGCUCUGCCCAACACCUGGAUAAGGAAUCCUUCCUCUGGUGUGUGAGGUGUUCUUCUCCUACAUCAUGACAAACCAGGAAAAAUGGGCCCAUCUCAGUCCCUCGGAAUUUUCCCAGCUUCAGAAAUAUGCUGAGUAUUCUACGAAGAAAUUAAAGGAUGUGCUUGAAGAAUUCCAUGGUAAUGGCGUGCUUGCCAAAUAUAAUCCUGAAGGGAAACAAGAUAUUCUUAACCAAACCAUAGAUUUUGAAGGCUUCAAGCUGUUCAUGAAGACCUUCCUGGAAGCAGAACUUCCUGACGAUUUCACAGCGCAUCUUUUCAUGUCAUUCAGCAACAAAUUCCCCCAUUCCAGCCCAAAUGUCAAGACCAAGCCCGCCCUUCUUUCAGGGGGUCUGAGAAUGAAUAAGGGUGCCAUCACCCCUCCGCGCUCUUCCCCAGCAAACACAUGCUCCCCAGAUGUCAUCCACCUCAAGGACAUUGUCUGCUAUCUGUCUCUCCUUGAAAGAGGACGACCCGAAGAUAAGCUUGAGUUCAUGUUUCGUCUUUAUGACACAGAUGGAAAUGGCUUCCUGGACAGCUCGGAAUUGGAAAACAUCAUCAGCCAGAUGAUGCACGUGGCGGAGUACCUGGAAUGGGAUGUCACUGAACUUAACCCGAUCCUCCAUGAAAUGAUGGAGGAAAUUGACUAUGACCGUGAUGGUACCGUGUCUCUGGAGGAGUGGAUUCAAGGAGGAAUGACCACUAUCCCGCUUCUCGUCCUGUUGGGCUUGGAAAACAAUGUGAAGGAUGAUGGACAGCAUGUGUGGCGACUCAAGCACUUUAACAAGCCUGCCUACUGCAAUCUCUGCCUGAACAUGCUGAUCGGUGUGGGGAAGCAGGGCCUCUGCUGCUCCUUCUGCAAGUACACAGUUCAUGAGCGCUGUGUGGCCAGAGCCCCUCCCUCCUGCAUCAAGACCUAUGUGAAGUCCAAGAAGAACACAGAUGUCAUGCACCAUUAUUGGGUUGAAGGCAACUGUCCAACCAAGUGUGAUAAGUGCCACAAAACAGUUAAAUGUUACCAAGGCCUGACGGGGCUGCACUGUGUUUGGUGUCAGAUCACACUGCACAAUAAAUGUGCUUCUCAUCUGAAGCCUGAAUGUGACUGUGGACCUUUGAAGGACCAUAUUUUACCACCCACCACAAUCUGUCCAGUGGUAUUGCAGACUAUGCCCACGGCAGGAGCUUCCGUUCCUGAGGAAAGGCAGUCAACAGCUAAAAAGGAAAAGGGCAGCUCUCAGCAGCCAAACAAAGUGACAGACAAGAACAAAAUGCAAAGAGCUAACUCUGUUACUAUGGAUGGACAAGGUUUGCAGAUCACUCCUGUUCCUGGCACGCAUCCACUUCUAGUUUUCGUCAACCCCAAAAGUGGUGGGAAGCAAGGAGAACGCAUUUACAGAAAAUUCCAGUAUCUACUAAACCCUCGUCAGGUUUACAGCCUUUCUGGAAAUGGACCAAUGCCAGGGUUGCACUUUUUCCGGGAUGUCCCUGACUUCAGAGUGUUGGCUUGCGGUGGAGAUGGGACAGUGGGCUGGAUAUUGGAUUGCAUAGAAAAAGCCAAUGUAGUCAAGCACCCUCCAGUUGCUAUUCUGCCUCUUGGGACUGGCAAUGACCUAGCAAGAUGCCUGCGGUGGGGUGGAGGCUAUGAAGGUGAGAAUCUGAUGAAAAUCCUAAAGGACAUUGAGAUCAGCACAGAAAUAAUGCUGGACAGGUGGAAGUUUGAAGUCAUACCCAAUGACAAGGAUGAGAAAGGAGACCCUGUGCCUUACAGCAUCAUCAACAACUACUUCUCCAUUGGCGUGGAUGCUUCCAUUGCACACAGAUUCCAUAUCAUGAGAGAAAAACACCCAGAGAAAUUCAACAGCCGAAUGAAGAACAAAUUUUGGUAUUUUGAGUUUGGCACAUCUGAAACCUUCUCAGCCACCUGCAAGAAGCUACAUGAAUCUGUAGAAAUAGAAUGUGAUGGAGUACAGAUAGAUUUAAUAAACAUCUCUCUGGAAGGAAUUGCAAUUUUGAAUAUACCGAGCAUGCAUGGAGGGUCUAAUCUUUGGGGAGAAUCUAAAAAAAAGAGAAGCCAUCGACGGAUCGAGAAAAAAGGCUCUGACAAAAGACCCACACUCACAGAUGCCAAAGAGCUGAAGUUUGCAAGUCAAGAUCUGAGUGACCAGCUGCUAGAGGUUGUUGGCUUGGAAGGCGCAAUGGAAAUGGGCCAAAUAUACACGGGGCUGAAAAGUGCUGGCCGGCGGCUGGCUCAGUGUUCCUCUGUGCUUAUCAGGACGAGCAAGUCGCUGCCAAUGCAGAUUGAUGGGGAGCCAUGGAUGCAGACUCCGUGCACAAUAAGAAUUACACACAAGAACCAAGCCCCAAUGCUGAUGGGCCCUCCCCCCAAAACUGGGUUGUUCUGCUCACUCAUCAAAAGGAGAAGAAACCGAAGCAAGGAGUAACCCUCUAUCAAGAGAAAUUUAAAUAGUACAGGCCAUGAAACACUUUGAAUCAUUUCAAAUCUCCUGUUCUGACCAUGGAAUUAACAGUUUCUGUUGAGUUGAUGUAAAAUUUGGCUAUUAGAAAACUUAUUGUCUCUGUUUUUUAUAGGCACCUUUGCAUGAACAAGUGGGAGUGUAUAUGAUGUGAGACCGCACACUUUAGUUGCAUGCAUUCCCAUAGGGUUUUCUGUCUCCCACUCACAUCUUAGCCCCUUCCCAUUUACAAACUGUGAGGGAAAACCUGUGAGGGAUUAAAGAAAUAUGAUGGAAAAUAAUGAUUCUUGACGUAAUUGCUGUCGUUGGCAAGCACUAAUACGUAAGGCUGCAAUGGUCCAACGUGCAAAACUGCCAUCCCUUGCCCUGCUAUAAUUAGUGAGUGUAUCUAUGGUAUUAGACCUGUGACUCAAGGAGAAGCUUAAAUCAGAGAUUUUAUUAAGUAGUUGCUAUGAUACCAUGCUGUAUCUUCAACAUCUUUAAUCUUCUGAAUGGACAUUAAAAUAUCAGGCAUAAGAUUUUUCAUGUACUAAAAAAUAGAGAAUGGGUUUUUUUUGUUUAGCUUUGCUUUUAAUUCCAAUAAAAUGAGUGAAAAUACAUUACUGGCAGUAACUGUGAUUAUAUAAAAAGCCUUAGUCGUUUCUGCAUGAGAAUCUAGACACAGAUGUAUAAUCAAACUAAGUAGCCAAAUAGAUGUUUUAAACUAUGUGCCUAAUGAACCUGUUUCCCACCAAAGAAUCAGAAAAUAGUAGUUCUUAUGAGUUUGUGAAAAGUAAAAUGUUGGAAGAGAGUGAGUUACCCACUUGUUGUAUUUAACAUGUUCACCAUUCAAAAACAGUAAAUUAUACAACACGAACAAAGCUCAAUAGCCAAUUUCAUGGCUAUUUGGUCCCCCUGCCACAUAUGACUCUAAUUUUUAAUGGGUCUGCUAAGUGUAUUUCAAGAAGGUAAAUGACUGCAUCAGCUCCCUUCUAGGGUAAAUUGCUACCUGCAAUGAUGUUGAGCUCAUGGAAGCAAAUCAUGCAUGCAAUUAGCCCCUUACUACUCGGUCACUCCAAUCGCAUCUCUAUGACAUUUCAAAUGUUGGAAAUAAUGGCCUAGAUCACUCCUUAAGGUGUUCAUGGCAUGGUUUGGGUCUCUGGUUGUUUAAAGAAAUUGUGGAACUAUUACUUUCCAUAGUGUUUAUUUGAGGCUCUCCUAUGAAAUAGAAUACUUCUGACAGCCUCAGUGUAGUUCACUCACACUGACCUGUGUCUCAUCACAGCACGUUUAUGUUUUCAAACACACCAUCAGGGAAACGUGUGCUUGAAAUGCAUGAUUUAUCAGCUUUCCUCUCUGCUCUGCAUUAAAGUGCUAAUGAUUUAUCAGUUCUAUUUUUCUAUUGAUUCAUUCAUCUUUGAAUAACAAAUAACAGUUAGUGAUUCUGUUGAACACAACCCUGUGCAUGGAUUUAUUGAUUUCAAGUGAAAUUGCUGUAAUUUUAGUUCUUUGGUUUGAAAACUCAAGUGAAUGCUGUUGUAUCAAAUAGCUGCUCUCAAGCAAUGUUCUGUAAUGGAAGAUUAUGUAUAAAGUGUAUUCCUUUAGUAUUCCAGGAACAUUGGAUGCUAAAUACCAAUCAACAAUAAGUUUAAUUGCUUUAAAAAUAAAAGCUUUUGAAUAGAAUGCAGACAUAAUUUAGCUUUCCCAGGAAAAUGAUGAUUAAAAUUACAAAUUCAGUACCGCAAUCAGUUGUCCUGGCAUAGUAAUAAAAAAAUAGUUAUUCAGCAGAACAGUAAUCUAGACCAAAAGAAUGCUCAAAACAACCACAAAUGCAUUGCCCUCCUAAUGUCACAUAACUCACCCAUGCUGCUGUGCAUCUAUGAUUACAGGGAACAAACACUUUUACACAGAUUGUUGAGUUUUUCUAUAAAUGGGCAAGCAGACCUUGUGCCAAAAUCUUGUUCUGAAUCCACAGAAUACUUUAUGUUCAGAAGGGCACUUGAGCAGCGCAGCUUCUCAACCAUUUGAAGCAUCUUUGCACCGGAAAAUGACUGUAGAGAAUUAUAAGAACCGGCCUGUAUGAUUUUAGGAUCUGAAAGAGCGGGCUGUGCCACGCUUCAGCCUAGCUGCAUGGCAACAGCCUGUGCUAACAGGCUCUACAUUUCAGUGCACUGGAUUCAUGGGUAAAACUGAUCAAUCUUCAGAAAGGAAUCAAAUUUGACUUUUCUAAACUCAUUUAUUUUUUUUAGAUAAAUGAUGUGCUUGCCCUUGGAGUACACUACUCCUGGGGUUUGGAAAGUGGUUUUUUAAAAUCUACUUUGAUGAUUUUGAAAUAAGAGAAGAUAUUCUCUUCUUUUUUAUGACAGCUUCAUAAGAAGAAUAUAUAUUUUAGGGAAAAUUCUAAAUGGAAAGUUCUAUGGCAUAUUAAAAUAAUGAAUAAUGAGUGUUAGCUUUACAAAAUGGAAACUUUUCUUGCAGGCGCGUGGGUGUUGGAGGUGUUGAGUCAACCUCGUUUAACUACACUAGGCGUAGUAGUGAUAAGGUUUUAAGAGGGGUGGAGUGAAAACAAAUACCACACUAACUUCCGAGGGACAGAGGAUCUCCCGAAUGGAGCUCCAUACCCUGCUAAACACUGCCAUAUACCAAGUUGUUAAUGAAAGAAGACAGAUCCUAGCAUUAACCUAGAAAUGCACUCUUUCAGGAAACAGGAAGGGUGCUACCUAUAUGGAACCAGAAUGUCAAAGAUCACUCCCUACCAUGUGUGUAUCAUAUGUAAUUGAUGUGAAAAGUGACAAUCAGGUUUUUGUAAUAGAGGGAAAAUCUUUUUCCUUUAAUGGUAUGUGACUGUGUUCACUCUAAUAUAAUCGAUUAGCUCUUCAGCCUAAGACACUCUCCUGAAGGCAAACAUGUAAAAUAGUGAACUCUAAGGAGUCAUGCACGCACACCCCAGUCUGUUCAACUGUCUGCUUUCAGGGACUGGGGGCAAGUACAGUUUUCAGGGCAGCAUCUGAUUGAGUCUGAGACUGUCUACGUUACUCAAACAACACAGGACUUUUUGGUGGUUCCUUUCCUUUCUCUGCUAGUGUUACUUGGUUUCUGUUGGUUCUAAAAAGAAAAGUACACUGUUUAUGGCACAAUUAACCCUUGAAGAAUUAAUCAAUACGUAACUUAUAUUCCACAUUAACAGAUAAAGCCCUUGUAAAGUAUAUCAAGGCUGUGGAAUUUAAUAAAAAUGAAUAAAUAAAUUCAGAAAAGUCUUCAUUCUGUGAAAGACAGAAAUCACACCCUUAAACCAGCCAAUUGAGUUGCAUUGUGUUUGAAUAUUUGAGUAAAUUCUCAUAUGAACCUUUCUAUAUAUUCUUAUAGUGUCUAAAACAUAGGGUUUGUUUAAUUAAAGUAUCUUAAUUAUUUUCUCAGAAAGUGUUAUGUACAAAUCUUGGUUUUUGAAAUAAAAGUGUUAACCGUU